AUGACAACAAUAAUAAAUGAGAAAAGAAGACAAGCUGAAGAAGGAGGGGGUCCAGCCAGAAUAGAAGCACAACACAAGAAAGGAAAAUUGACAGCAAGAGAGCGACUCGGAUUAUUAUUAGACAGGGGCUCUUUUCGAGAAUAUGAUACGUUUGUCGAGCAUGAGUGCACGGACUUUGACAUGAGCCAACAUAAGAUACCGGGUGACGGUGUCGUCACAGGACAUGGAACAAUUCAUGGGCGAAGGGUGUUUGUGUACAGCCAAGACUUUACUGUGUUAGGGGGCAGUCUGUCGAGGACGAAUGCGAACAAAAUACUAAAAGUGAUGGAUCAAGCAAUGUUGGUAGGUGCGCCUGUCAUUGGCCUUCAGGACAGUGGAGGAGCAAGAAUCCAGGAAGGAGUCAAUUCAUUGGCAGGGUAUGCAGAUAUAUUUCAAAAGAAUGUACUAGCCUCUGGCGUAAUACCGCAAAUUUCAGUCGUGAUGGGGCCCUGUGCAGGUGGUGCGGUCUACAGUCCAGCAUUGACUGACUUUACAUUCAUGGUUCGAGAUAGCUCUUAUAUGUUUGUCACUGGGCCUGACGUGGUUAAGGCGGUGUUGAAUGAACAAGUAAGCCAGGAAGAGUUGGGAGGGGCCAGGACACAUACAGAAAAGAGUGGUGUGGCCCAUAAUGCGUUUGAUAAUGAUGCCGAAGCAUUACAAGGAGUCCGAGACUUGCUCACUUAUUUACCACAAUCCAAUCGGGAGUCAGCUCCUACUGUUGAAUGUGAUGAUCCAGUUGACAGAGAAGAUGAGGCUAUAGAUAGAAUUAUACCAUCUGAUUCUGCAAUUGCGUAUGAUAUGAAGGAAAUAGUGGCCAGAGUGACUGAUGCACAUUCCUUUUAUGAAAUAUCAGCUGAUUAUGCUAGCAAUAUUUUAGUGGGAUUUGCAAGAUUGAGUGGACAGCCUGUUGGGGUUAUAGCCAAUCAGCCACUCGUAUCUUCUGGAGCGCUCGAUAUAGAUGCAUCUCUGAAAGCAGCACGUUUCAUACGAUUUUGUGAUGCAUUUAACAUCCCCUUGGUAACUUUUGUAGACGUACCUGGGUUCAUGCCAGGCACAUCUCAAGAGCAUGGAGGGAUCAUCAAACACGGUGCCAAGUUGCUUUAUGCUUAUUGUGAAGCAACUGUUCCCAAACUGACAGUAAUCACGCGAAAAGCUUAUGGUGGAGCGUAUAUUGUGAUGAGCUCAAAACAUUUAAGAGGGGACUACAAUGUUGCAUGGCCAUCUGCUGAAAUUGCUGUCAUGGGAGCAGGCGGUGCAGUAGAAAUCAUUUUCAGAAAUCAUCCAGACAAGGCAGCGAUGAAGAAGGAGUAUAAGGAGAGGUUUGCAACACCCUUGUUUGCAGCCAAGAAGGGCUAUUUGGAUGAUAUUGUUGAACCAAGGCACACACGAGCGAGAUUGAUUGAGCAGCUCAACUUGUUGAAAUUAAAAAAUUUAGUAAAUCCAGCGAAAAAGCACGGUAGUUUUUUGUAG